UUCUACGAAAUUAAUUCCACCAACUUUCGUUCCCAAAUACCAAAAAAAAAAGAAUUAAAAGAAGAAAAAAGAAACAAAAACAAAGUGAAAGCAAAAAGCAAAAGAAAGAGCACUAAACACACAAAUCACACACACACACACUCUCUCUCUUUACCGCUCACCAAAGGCAAAAUAUGGCACUUCCCUUCACGUCUAUCUCCCUCCUCUCCCUCCUCCUCCUCGUCCACGUCAGCAACCACCACCACCGGACCGCGGCCUACGCCAUGUGGUGCGUGGCUCGGAUCGACGCCACGAGCCAGGCGCUGCAGUCGGCCCUUGACUACGCAUGCGCCACCGGCGCCGACUGCGCUCCGAUCCAGCCGACCGGUCUGUGCUAUCUCCCCAACACGAUCCAGGCUCACUCCUCUUACGCCUUCAACAGCUAUUUUCAACGCAGAUCCAUGGCACCUGGUUCUUGCUACUUCGCCGGUACUGCCACCCUCGCCAAAACUGAUCCCAGUUAUGGGUCUUGCGUGUAUCCGAGCUCUUUGAGCACCGCCGGAGGAACACCGGCGACGACAACGACGUUCGGAGGAACACCGACCACGACGAUCACCGGAAACAAUCCUACCACGACAUUAACACCACCUACGACCACAUCGCCGGUCGGAAACGGCCUGACUCCGCCGGGAACCACCGCGCCGCCGUUCACCCCGUCGACCAGCACCACCGACGAAUCCGAAGCCUCAUCGAACAUCUGCAUGAGGACACGUGUAACAUUAUUAUGCUCGGUAUUAAUGGCUGUGAUUUUGUUUUAGGUUAUAGAAGAAAGCAUUUAUUGGUUUAGAUUUAAUGCGACGAGGUAUAAAACUACGCAAGUUUUGUGGUGGGAUCAGAAGGUCGUUUGGUAUUUGUCCUUUACAGGCAAAAAAAUUUAUUGGAACCCUCGGGAUCUUACAGAGGGUUCUGAUCAUAGAAUUAUUAGACAUAUUUAUUUAUUUUU